AUGUCUCUCCUCAACUUGAAUUUCGCUUUAAUCAUUGUGGCUGCACUUUUGUUGACCACUACAAUGGCUCAGUCCUCGAGAAAAGCAAUCUCUCCGUCACCCUCCCUCGGAGAUUCUCCUCCUGAACAAUCAGCAUCUUCUCCGUCGAUCUCUCCUCCUGAACAAUCAGCAUCUUCUCCGUCGAUCUCUCCUUCUUCCAUCUCUGAUCCACCAUCUGAAGCGCCAGGACCUGCUUCCAACGCUGUCGUUUUCAAUACUGUCUCUGUUGCUGCUGGAUCCGCACUUAUGAUUUUCGUAGCUGCUUUGAUUAUGUAG